UCGAGGGUGACCUUCGGAGGCAGGGAAUUCGGGUACAACAGUACAGACUGCGAUGUUCCAUGUGGAGGGUUGAUCCCGACGGAUGCAACAUUCGAAGAAUUCGGAAUAUAAGAAGACGCAAGUUUUGGGUGAAGUCACCUUUGUCCUUGUGGCAUAUUGAUGGACAUCACAAACUAAUACAAUGGAAACUGAUCAUACAUGGCGGAAUAGAUGGCUUUAGUCGUCUUAUUGUAUACUUGAGCUGCAGUACUAACAACAAGUCAUCUACUGUGCUCAGUGUCUUCCAGGAAGCUGUCAAAACCUGGGGACUUCCAUCAAGGGUUCGCGCUGACAAAGGGGUGGAGAAUCGUGAUAUAGCCAUGUGGAUGCUUUCUCAUCCGAUGCGUGGUCCUAAUCGUGGAUCAUUCAUCACUGGGAGAAGUGUUCACAACUCUCGUAUUGAGAGGUUAUGGCGCGAUGUCUACACAAUUGUAGUUUCCACCUUCUAUCAGCUUUUCAGUCACAUGGAAGAUGAAGGCAUCUUAGACUGUGAAAAUAGUGUAGACUUAUUCUGCCUCCAUCACAUCUAUUGCCCAAGAUUAAAUGAGACUUUGGCUAGAUUCACCGAGGUGUGGAACAGUCACAAAAUUCGCACGGAGAGGAAUAUGACACCAAGGCAACUUUUCAUCAAAGGCCUAUCUACUCUUGGUGGACCGGAUCUUAUUGCAAGGGAAUAUUUCGAAGAACUGAAUCAGACUGAAAUUCUGCACUUCGGCUUGGACCCAGAUGCACCAAUUCCACUUGAAGACCGUGUGGCCAAUGAGAUUGUGGUACCGAAUAUCCUGAUACCAAUUGAGGAGGAACUGGUUACAAGAAUCUGUGAGCAGUUUGACCCAAACAAUAAUGAUGAUGAAUGGGGUUUAAACUCAUAUAGACAAAUGAGACUCCAUGUGAUGUCACUGUUACCUCAAUCAUGAAUAGAGAUUGCAAAACAUGUACAAACUUACUUAGUCAAAAGUAUAUGAAAUAAAAUGUAAUUACCUAAGGCUGAAAAAUUGUUAGUUUAUAAUCCACCCACGCAUGACGAAAUCAGGAUGCAUCAAAAAAUGUGUUUUGU